AUGAAGGAUUUGAUCUUUGCUCGAAAUAUUGCCCAUCUUCCAACUGAUGCCAUUGAAAUUCGAAAAAGGGUCACCUAUUCAAUGCCUUCAAAAUUGGAUCAUCGCUCACUCGGAAAAAUCCUUGAUCAGAUUGAUACAUUCAUUUUUGAUGCUGAUGGUGUUCUUUGGCUGGGAAAUGAAGCUCUUCCCGGAUCAGCAGAUUUUGUCCGUUUCAUCCUUCAACAGGGAAAAAGGGUGAUUGUUUUGACGAAUAACGCCACAAAAUCUCGUCUCUGUUAUGCAUCGAAAUUGCACUCAAUCGGUUUUCCCCUCGAGAUCACCGCCGAGCAAAUUGUUAAUCCAGCGGCUAUUGUUGCUGAAGAGUUGCAUAGGGCUGGUUUUUCGAACUCCAAACAAUUGGUGUAUCUCAUUGGGGCAAAAGGAGUGAGAGAAGAAAUGGAUAAAAGAAAUAUCAAAUAUUUUGGCCACGGAUGCGAGGAGUCGAGUUCGCAUUUGGAUGGAAGCGCUUUUCAAUUUGAAAUCGAUCUCCCAGUUGAGCCAGAACGAGUCGGUGCUGUGGUGGUCGGCUAUGAGCGUCAUUUCGAUUAUCAAAAAUUAAUGAAAGCUGCUAAUUAUCUACAGCAUCAAAAAACGCGAUUUUUGGCGACAAAUGAAGAUGAAGUGUGUCCUGGACCAAAUCCUGAAGUGCUUAUUCCCGAUGCUGGACCGAUUGUUGCUGCUAUUCAAUGUGCAAGUGGAAGAAAACCCUUGACUGUUGGAAAACCCUAUUCACCAGCUUUUGACUACAUUUGCAGAAGAUGGAGUAUUGAUGAAACAAGAACAAUGAUGAUUGGUGAUAGAACUAACACUGAUGUACUUUUUGGAAGAAAACAUGGAUUGAAGACUUGUUUGGUACUUUCUGGUUGUCAUCAGUUAAAAGAUGUACAAGAGAAUCUCUCAAAAGGAAAGCUCAAUAUGGUGCCCGAUUUUUAUGCAAAUUCUCUCGGAAGUUUAUUGAAAGAU